AUGCUUCAUUCUUCUAAUAAUGAAUCUCCUGAAGUAGACAGUUCUCUUUUAGUUGUUCCAGAAUCUGUAUUAACAAGAAUAUAUAAUAUUACUGAAGUUGAACUUGAAUUGUUAGAAACAUUACUUAAAGAUGCUAAUAUUGAAAAAUAUGAAUUAUUACUCCCAACAGAUAAAUUUUCUAAUACAUUUUCUCUUAAAUGCAUAACCUCAUCACACUGCCCAUAUUGUGAACAAGAAUAUAGUAAUAAAGAUCCACAUGAUAGUGAGAAUAUAAAUCCUUCAUUAAAGCUUGUUACUGAUAAAACAAUUUUGGAUCAGAAAAACAAGCUUCUAAUCUCAGAGAAAUUAGACCAGUUCAGAAUUUCAGAUUCAAAUAACUAUUUCAUAUGUGAAGACUUACUUCGUAUAUGUAUAUCUAAGAAAAAAUUUACACAUAAUAAGGCAUAUAGUGCAAUUCAGGCAAUAAUAGCAUAUCUUGUAAAGCAUACAAUUAAUAUAAUUGAACAUGGAGGAGAAGUGGUAAAAUUACAUUUUCUGAUAGAUAAAGCAGUUACAAAAAAUUUGAUACAUUAUGAUGAAAUUGACUUUCUCCUAUAUCCUCUAAAUGUAAUCUCACUAAAAACAAAUUUCUUUAAUCUUUUCCUGAAAUUUCUAGCUAAAUCAGUAAAAGAUAUUAAUUUAGAAAUUAUGAAUCCUAUCUUUUGGCAUGUAAAAAAUAAACCAAGAUCAAUUCUUGUAUUAAAAUCCACUUUACAACAGUGUGAAAAAAAUAUUAUUACUGAUUUUAUUGAUGAUAAGGUAUUAGGGCCAAAUCUCUAUUAUGCAACAUCUGAUUUGGGAAAAAUUCUUGAGAAAUUUAACAGUAUUAUUCAAGCUAAAAAGCUUAUAAUCAUGAAUAAAAUCAGUAUGUCUAGUGGGAAGUGGCAUAGGUUUAAUGGUCAUCUUAAAUUUCUUAUAACAGAGAGAAAGGUAAGUAUAGAAUGCAAAGGUCUUGAAACUUUAAAAAUAAAUAAUUUUAGUAGAUUUAUGGUUACAAGUAAUCAGAAUGCUUUGCUAAAAAUAGAGGCAGGUGAUGCUCAUAUAGUUUGUUUUAAUAUAUCUGCAUAUUGUAGAAGUAAUAUUGCAUAUUUCGAUAGACUAGGAGAAAUUCUUAAUCAUCCUGAUGCACUAGAAGUAGUCAUGUCAUAUCUUUUUAGUCAUAAUCUGUUAAAGUGGAGUCUGCAAAAUUUCCCUAUUACUAAAAUAAAAACAGAUAAAAUAAUAAAACAACUUUCAAAUCCCAUCUGCUUUAUAAUACAAUAUAUUAAAUUAUGGUCCAAAAAUCAAAUUAAAAAACCAAUUUCUGAAAAUUUAUAUCAAGAUUAUUUUACUUGGUGUGGAAAUGAAGAUGAGGAUCAAAUCAAUAACAAUAAAUUUGGAGGUAAUAUUAAGAAAUUUUCUAAUGUAUUUCAACCUGAGACACUUACUAAUAAAUCCACAGAUAUCCUUGUAUUCAAUGUUCCAGAAUUCAGAACCUCCGAAUCGGAAAAAAUAAAACUUAUUCCAUUAUCUACAAAUUACAUUAGAAAAAGUAAGGAUUCAACAUCUAUCCUACCUAUUACUAACAUAAUCCAGGCUCUCUUCGAUUUUAUAAUAGAUCGACUAGAAUUUUUAGUUGCUUUGUUAUCCAAGUCUACUAAUAUAUCUCUAUCUCCUGAGAUCACAGAUGUAGAAUCAGUAGACAAUAAACUUAAACCUUCUCCCAAGAUCAAUGAAUCAGUUGAUAAUAAAUCUGAGACUUCUUCUGACUUAUUUACAAAUGAUGAACCAGAAUUUAGCAAUGAAGUAUCUUCCUAG